AUGACGUACAAGUAUGAGCUGACACUUUCUUCAGUUCUCCAACAGCAUGCUUCGCCGCUUUCUCCUCCUCAUGCUCUGCUUGCAACUCGUCAAAGGCUUCUUGACUGCCCCCUGUAACUUUCUUUGUGCUCACUUGACUGAUCCAAUCAACCUGAGCCGGCAGGUCUCCCGCCAUCUCAUGGCAGGAUGUCGUCAAGAUGGUCAUCACCGGAGUCGCGUUUGAUUUCAUGUCGGCAAAGGCGACGGGCGUCGAGUUUGGCGCUUCGCUCUCAGCAGGACGAUGCCUUCGCGGUCCUUCGCUCGCUUGCUGAUGUUGGCAAGUUGUCAGCGCUGGGGGAGCAGAACGACUCAAGCGGGAUGGUCCUAAAGGUCCGCGAGCUGAUAGCUGCGGGAGAAGUUGAAGACGCGAAGUCCUUGCUCUUGGAUUCUUUCUUCUCGCAGCAAAUGAACGACGAAUAUCUCAUUGAAAUGUGCAAGUCACUUGAAGGAGUAGAUCAGCCUAUCAAUGUAGAUGACGUCAUCUCUUUCGCCAAGUCCUCCCAGCUGCCUGUGCUUGUUCGCAUUGACGGCUUCGUUGCGGUCGCACGGGUCCUGGGCGUUGGUCUCGGCCUCUCAGCGGAAGCGUCAGAGGUUUUGAGGCUGGCAGAGGAGGAGGUGAAGUCGGUAAAGGAAGAGAGAAGCAGUGAGCUUCUGCGAGCCAAACUCGCGAGCGCGAGGAGCCAACUGCAUAUGCGACAAGGAAACUACUUGAAGGCAUGGGAGACGCAGCUGUGCGUGGAGGUCUCGGUGCUGGCGUCGGUGGCGAGGCAGAAAGGAGAGGUGUACGAGGCGAAGCUUCUCUCCCUGGUCCCUAGAGCCAUCAACCUCCUUCCUCCCGACCAGCCGCUGCUGGCCGCGCUUGUGCGAGGAGAAUACGGCUCGACGCUGUUGGCGCUUGGAGACAUCGAUGAGGCUGUGGUGGAGAAGCAAGCGGUGCUUGACAUCGUCGUCCUCGCUGUGGGACAAGAGAGUCGAGCAGCCGCACAGGCUCUCGACGAGCUGGGAGUGAGCCUGCAGGCACAGGGGAAGUACAAGGAAGCAGAGAAGCAUCUAAGAAAAGCCUUGGAGAUCCGCGAGAAGCUUCAAGGAAGAUCGAGCGAUAAAGCUCUAGAGAUUUGCAGGAAUUCUUUGCCGAACGAUCAUUAUCAGACUGCAUCAGCUCUGAUGAGUGUCGGCGAGGCUUUCCUAGCCAAAGGCGAACUACAGGAGGCCCAGGAGCACAUGGAGGAGGCGAUAGAGAUCUGGGAGAGAGCGCUUGGGAGCACCAGCCCCUACCUCGCCUCUGCUCUCUCCAACUUGGCACGUGUGCUGGCGGCCAAGAAGGAGUACCAGCGAGCCCUCCUGCUGUUUCAACGGAGCCUGAGCAUCAAACGGCAAGUCUACGGUCAAGCUCACCCGUCCAUCGCGACCUCUCUCAAUCACCUCGCGGGGAUCUGGGAGGAAGGCUUCAACGACCGCGACGAGGCCUUCAAGCUGCGAAAGGAAGCGCUGGAUAUGCUGCAGGAGACUCUCGGCCUUGAGCAUCCCAAGGUGGCGGUGCACAUGAACAACAUGGCAAUCCUGGAGGCCAAGAGGGGAAACUAUGCGGAGGCUUCGGAGCUGGUGCAGCAGGCGCUGAAGAUCGACGAGGAGUUCUUCGGAGCAGAGAGCCCGCAGGUGGCGACGGACCUCAACUCCCUCGCUACGUUGGCGUUUCACUGCGGAGAGAAGCAACUGAGCAGGCAACUGUAUCAGCGCGCCUACGACAUCCGUCUCAAGUGUCUCGGAGAGGAGCAUCCUCGCACGCUGGCGUCGCGAAAGAAUUUGCUGUUAGUGCAAGACCAGAUCAACUCAGAUGAAGUCUGA